GUGUGUGUGUGUGUGGCGCGGGAAGCCACUCCUCCUCUGAGCUGAUUCCAGUCAUCACAGCAAUAAUGAAGUGCACACAACGCUGCCUGCCCGCCCGCCUGCCAGUGUGACAUACUGUCACCAUUCAGGAGGACUCGCACACAUUCACACACACUCGCAGUCAUUCACUGACAGGACACGCAGCCUGACUCCUCAUACAUGCGCACACACACACACACACACUCCACACAGUCCUGGGAAGGAGUGGAGAAUAGAAAAGCAGACCAGGAGAGAAGAAUAAGAAGAAAUUUAUGUAUCUUAUGGUUUCCUAUCUGUGUGACUGACCGGCUCUGGUUGUGGGUGCUGAACAGAGGACAAUCCCGACACUCACUCACACACACACACACACACACACACACACACACACACACACACACACACACACACACACACACACACACACACACACACACAUCUCCCCCGCAGCCACGGAUUCUUGGAUUAGUCCGCCCCGGUGUGGAGAGUGGGAGUCGCGGAGCGGUCCAACAUGGGGAACCAGGCGGGGAGACAGGAGGAAACGGAGUCAGGUGCACAAGCAGCCAAGAAGUCUGGUAUCCCAGCUCCUAGAGAAAUCCCUUCUAGCAUAACCAGAGACCGCAUCUCUUUGAGGGACCAGCUUAGGAGCUCUGCCACUAAAAGGAUGGUUUCUAGUGCCAGUACUUCCAGCCUCUCCACCCUGGCAAAACAGACGCGCAGUUCAACCAAGUCUCGUGGAGAUGCAGAGGGCCAGGAAAAGGGUCUACUUGAGAACCAGGUGAAAGAGCUGCUGGCUGAGGCCAAGGCUAAAGACUUGGAGAUCAGCAAUCUCAGGAUGGAGUUACAGCACUGCAAAGGUAAACCGUCCACUGCUUCCUCUUCACCCUCACACAACUCUGUCUCAAAACAAGAGACUGGUGGAGAUCAAGAGCAGGGACAGGUAGCGGAGGCCAUUGUGCUGGUUGGAGAGCUGAGGGAGAAAAAUGGGAAGUUCCAGAGAGAGCUGGCGGCGCUCCGGGAGGAGAACCAGACACUGAAGGAAAAGCUGCUUUGCUUGGAGGCCUCUCCUCUCUCUAGUACAAACACAAGCACCCCCUCCAAGCCUUUGGUGAAUGGCCUGCCCUCAGACUCCAACUCCUCAGCUCAGCUUCCUUCUUCUACAAGCCCUCUCAAAACCUCUGUCUCCUCCAGCUCUGACAUCACCAAGGACUCGCCAUCACCCGACUCCUCAGAGUUUGAGAAGAUCCCAUCACGUUCAGAAUCAGUGAGCAGCGGUGUCAGUGGGGAAGCGGUUACAUUAGGGGCAGUAACCAAUGCAGUGGGACAGGAUGUGUCAGUGCAGAGCCUUACGGAACAGAUUCACAAGAUGGAGGAGAGCCACCACAGCACAGCGGAGGAGCUGCAGGCGACUCUGCAGGAACUGGCCGACCAGCAGCAAGUGGUGCAGGAGCUGACAGCUGAGAAUGAGCGGCUGGCUGAGGAGAAGCGUCUUCUACAGACCUCACUUCAACAGCAGAGAGAGCGUCUGGAGGUGCUGGUCCAGAAGAAUGAGGUGUUGGCUGGGCGACUGCAGGAGCAAGCCCAAGCUCAGGCCCAGAGGGAGGAGGAGCUGGGCAACCAAGGGCCUCGGCUGGCCGAGCUGGAGCAGAGGUAUGCCGAGCUGGUUGAGAGCUCACGCUUCGAACGGGAGAAGCUGGUGGACAUCCAGCAGCAGCUGACAGGCAGCCUGCGGGCUCUGGAGGAGGAGCACCAGGAGGCCCAGGGCCAGGUACGCUGCCUCAGAGAGGAGAUGGACAGGCUUCAGACCCAGCUGGGCAGGGAGCAGGAAGCUGGAAGUCAGGCAGCACAGGCUGCAGAGGAGCAGAGGGCGACAGCAGACUGUCUCAGACUGGAAAACAGUAGGCUGAAGGCGCAGGUGGACAUUGAGAGGCAAAAGGUGGGUGAACUGAAGGCCAUGCAGAGUGCCAGUGACAGCACUGAGGUGCACAACUUGCUGAAGACAGCCCACGCUGAGAGAGACAGGCUGGAAGUGGAGCUGACGGAGCUGAGGCAGGAGCUGCUACAGGCCCAGGCCGAGACCGAGCAUGUGCGAGCCACAAUGUCCAAGGUGGAAGCCAAAUGCCAGCAGGUUCAGGAGCGGGCCGAGAGGAGGGAGCAGGAGCUCAGCAGCCGGGUGACUUCCCUGGAGGAGGUUGGGAUCCAGGCUGAGAACCAGGUGAAGGAGCUGAAGGAGACCAUCUUCGAACUGGAGGACCAGGUGGAGCAGCAGAGGGCCAUCAACUGCCACACCAACCAGGCCGUCCUGGACAUGGAGAAUCUUGUUAAAAAGCUGGAGGAGCAGAAAGCUGAAGUAGAGCGACAACUGAAAGUCUUGAGUAGGCAGAUGAAGGAUGAAAAAGAGGAGUGGCGUCGGUUCCAGGCCGACCUCCAGACGGCAGUGGUGGUGGCCAAUGACAUCAAGGUGGAGGCUCAGCAGGAGCUUCGUACACUCAGGAGGCAGCUGCAGGAGGAGCAGGAUCGCAGUGCAAAGCUUUCCACGGACCUUGAGGCUCUGCAGGGAGUCAGGUCCCAAGGUGAUGAGGUGAGGCUGCCCGACUCCGAUAACAGCCGUCACUGGUGCGGCAUCUCCAUGAUCCCGACCACACCCACAGAUGCCAGUGGAGAUGCCGACUCAGAGCCUGGAGCUACUGUCAAAUCGCUCAUUAAGUCCUUUGAUACUGUUGGACAGAAUGGACCAGGCCACACAGUUCAAAUGCAUUCCUCCCCAAGAAGCCCACUGAGUGGAAUUCCUGUACGCACUGCGCCUGCUGCUGCUGUCUCUCCUAUCCAGAGACAGUCAUACAUAAAGCCACUAUCAAAGACAUUGGAAAAAAGGAUCAAUCAUGGUGAAUACUCUCAUCAGUAUGAUAAGUUGUCAGGCUGUGGGGAAGACCUGAAACCUACCAGCCUAAUGAGAAAGAGCCCUUCUCUAGAGUCUGUAAUCAAAACCCCCGCCUCCCUCAGCAGCCGCACCACAUCCUUCAGCUACAACCGAGGCAACAGUAAGCUCAGUGUGGAAAGAAAGGACCCCUUGGCUGCUCUGGCGCGGGAGUAUGGAGGAUCUAAGAGAAACGCUCUACUGAAGUGGUGCCAGAAGAAAACAGAGGGCUAUCCGAAUAUUGAUGUGACCAACUUCAGCAGUAGUUGGAGUGACGGCCUGGCUUUCUGUGCCCUCUUGCACACAUAUCUGCCUGCCCAUAUCCCGUACCAGGAACUCAUCAGUCAAGAUAAGGUUCGGAAUCUGACCCUGGCUUUCCAGGCCGCCGAGAGCAUUGGCAUCAAACCCUCCCUGGACAUUGAGGAGCUCAUGAAGACAGACAGGCCUGACUGGCAGAGCGUCAUGCUGUACGUCUCUCAGAUCUACAAGUACUUUGAGACCUGACCAGCGUUGAAAAGAGGAGCUGGAGACUGUCAUCAGAGGCACUGCAACACCUUUCUGUCAUCAUCUGUCAGCACUACAUUCACCUACCGGACAGACCGACCUCUGCCACCUCAACCCCUCUCCUGCUCAACGUUUGACACUAGAGACAUGGCCGAGGAAUUGAGAAACAGUCACAGAGCGGCUGUUCUCUCAUAACAGGACGCUACAGUCAGUGCUGAAACCCAAAUGGACAAAACCUGCAGUCAGGAGACACAUAACCAGUUUGAACAUGUGCCAAAUAUUCUGACAAAAUUAUACAGGACUAUCUAUGCAUGGAUAAAGUGGAACCUUCUGUCUGAGUGUGCAGUGUGACGUCUCCUUUCACUCAACAACAGAGAGUGAACUCAACUUUUGGUACAUUUUGCUGAAAUGUUGCUUCAAAGACUCGAUCAGUUCUCACAUCGAGUGCUUAUUGUGAACACGCUGGAGUUCUACUUUGCAGAGCAGAAAGUAUUUUGACAGGUUUGAGUUGAACUGAAGCCUUUAUAUUUUCCACCUUUAAUUGUGUGUGUCCUUAAAGAUAGAUAUAAACCCUAUAGCUGCCAUCUGUGACGCGACACUAAACUGAUUUAACACGACGAGAGUUGCUGAAUAGUUUUGUAGAAAUAUUUUUUAUGAAAACAGAUUGAUCUCUAUGUUUGCUUUGUUUACAGCAUUAAGGAUUGGCUGAAUCAAACCGUCGUACUGUGCCCUCCUGUGUCGUUUCUUCACGUUUUCCAUCAAGACUCUCUCAACAACUAUGGUACUGCAGCUGCUUUGCAAAAUAUACAUAUAUAUUUGGCAUGCCAUGUUAAAGAGGAUGACUUUUACUUGUAGGAGUUAAGGCACAACACGAUUUAGACAAGCCUCCGUUUGCAGAUGCCCUUAUGUUUUGGAAGAUAAAAAGUGUUAUUUAUUUAUUUACAUGCAUCCUGAAAAGUGAGAAUGUGGACAGAUAUGUAUGCAGUUUUCUAUUAACGGAUGUCAGACUUGGAGGCCUGUUGGAUUGAUAUUGCUCAAUAAAGGAUUGUCAAGUUUUAUAUUAAA